UUUUGUUUUAUAGAAACUCAAGUUGAUAAUAAUGUUCUCGGACCAUUGUAUGCACGUUUUCGAAAACCGCAGUAUUCUCAACAAUCAAAUGGCCGAUACGAAUGUGUGAAACCAGGUUUCUACGCUGAUGUAUACGAUUGUAGAAAGUAUUAUGAAUGUGUAAAGGUUGAAAACAACAGUCGCCAUCAAAACUUUCGUCAAUAUGUUCACAAAUGCAAGAGCGGUGAAGUUUUCUCGUAUGCAAGUAGUACCUGCACGCAACCCCAAAAAAGUGGAAGGGCAGAAUGCAGUGACUAUCCGCGAUCAAAGGAGCAAGACAGUACAGGUAAUGAUUCACUACAUAAAACAACAGAAACACAGACAGAAAUACAGACAGAAACAUCGGAAGUAUAUUCAAAUCGAAGACAUAAAGAAAACCAGAGACGAAAAGAAAGAAACAGACACAGAAGUGAAAGUUCGCAAAGUAAUAGUAACAGUGAAGAACAUCACAAAAAAACACCAAAACCGACAACGAAAAAAGAAACCAACAGAGAUAUAGAAAGCACAACUCAAACAAUUACCACACAUCACACCACAACGAAAAAACAUUCAAGAAGCAAAGAGGAAAGCCAAAGCAGUGAAAGCACUGAAGAAUUGGAGAAGUCACAGAUUUCUACAGAAAGUCAAUCCAGCAGCAACGAAGAUAAUAAGAGCAAGAAAAAAGAAAAUAACCAAAAACCGACAACCAAAAAGGAAAUAGAAAGCACAACUCAAACAAUUACCCCAAAUCAUACCACAACGAAAAAACAUUCAAGAAGCGAAGAAGAAAGUCAGAGCAGUGAAAGCACCGAAGAAUUAGAGAAGCCACAAAUUUCUACGGAAAGUCAAUCUAGCAGCAACGAAGAUAAUAAGAGCAAGAAAAAAGAAAAUAAAAAAGAGCACCAGAAAGAUAAAAAGCAUAAAGAUAAAAAUAAAAAUAGUAGUGAAAGUAGUAGCAGUAGUAGUAAAGAACGUCAAACAAAAAGACCAAAACCGACAACCAAAAAGGAAAUAGAAAGCACAACUCAAACAAUUACCACACAUCAUACCACAACGAAAAAACAUUCAAGAAGCGAAGAAGAAAGCCAGGGCAGUGAAAGCACAGAAGAAUUGGAGAAGCCACAGAUUUCUACGGAAAGUCAAUCUAACAGCAACGAAGAUAAUAAGAGCAAGAAAAAAGAAAAUAAAAAAGAACACCAGAAAGAUAAAAAGCAUAAAGAAAAAAAUAAAAAUAGUAGUGGAAGUAGUAGCAGUAGUAGUGAAGAACGUCAAACAAAAAGACCAAAACCGACAACCAAAAAGGAAAUAGAAAGUACAACUCAAACAAUUACCACACAUCAUACCACAACAAAAAACAUUCAAGAAGCGAAGAAGAAAGCCAGAGCAGUGAGAGCCGCGAAAAUCCAGGAUCAACGCCACAGAUUCCUACCGAAGGUCAAUCCGGAAGCAAAGAGGAUAGUCAGAGCAAUGAGAAUGGCGAAAAUCAAGGAACAUCCCCGCAAGUUCCUACGGAACGUGAAUCUGGAAGCAAAGAAGGCAAUCAGAGCAGUGAGAGCCGCGAAAAUCCAGGAUCAACGCCACAGAUUUCUACCGAAGGUCAAUCCGGAAGCAAAGAGGAUAGUCGGAGCAAUGAGAACGGCGAAAAUCAAGGAACAUCCCCGCAAGUUCCUACCGAACGUGAAUCUGGAAGCAAAGAAGGCAAUCAGAGCAGUGAGAGCCGCGAAAAUCCAGGAUCAACGCCGCCGAUUCCUACCGAAGGUCAAUCCGGAAGCAAAGAGGAUAGUCAGAGUAGUGAGAGCCGCGAAAAUCAAGGAUCAACGCCACAGAUUCCUACCGAAGGCCAAUCUGGGAGCAAAGAGAAUAAUCAGAGCGGUGAAAGCCGCGAGAAUAAAUAAAGAGGAUAGUCAAAGCAGUGAGAGUCGCGAGGACAGAGGGACGACGCCGCAGAUUCCUACAGAAAAUCAAUCUGGAAGCGAAGAAGGCAACCAAAACAGUGAGAGCUGCGAAAAUCAAGGAUCAACGCCGCAGAUUCCUACGGAAGAUAAAUCGAGAAGUAAAGAGGAAGGCCAAAGCAGUGAAGAUGUCAAAGAUAUAACUACACAAGUUCCACAUUGUCCAGAUGGAAAUAAGAAUGAUUCGGAUAAACCUGUUUCAGAGUGUACUUCUCCUGGUUUUUUUCCAGAUCUUCAUGAUUGUGCAAAGUAUUAUAGAUGCGUUAAAUUGGAAUCCAAUACCUUCAAUAAGUUCGAAUUUGUGUGUCCACCUGGAAUGAUAUGGGAUGAAGAUAAGACAAGUUGUAAUUUUGCAUGGGCUGUUAAACGGUUAUCAUGCAAAAGUAAAGAGGGAAAUAUACCUGAAAAAAAUAAUGAAACCGACAAAAAUGGAAAACAAACUACUACUGACUUUCCAACCUCUACCGAACUUUCGACUAAGUCAACUACUCCUACGGAAUUCAUUUGUCCUAUUGGAAAUUUGACUGGAGAUCAAAUUCUUCUUGUUUGUCCUACUGGUUUCCGACGUCAUCCGAAAUACUGCAAUCUUUUCUAUCAAUGUACUAUGACAAAUAGUAUAAAUGGUAAAAUUGUUGUAUUUAUGUGCCCUGAAGACAGGAUUUUUGAUGAUAAGAAAAUACGAUGCGUGAAGGAUAUUCGUAAAAUCCUUUGUGGGCAUAAUAGUUGUAAGAGAUUUGAUUCUUCAACUACAGAUAUGCCAAAAUCAAUCCUACAUGUUUCCACAAGGAAAUUAUGUCCAGGAGAAGGUCAUUUUCCUUAUAGUAAAGGCUGUUCAAAUGUAUACUACAAAUGCAAACGUGAUUUACGUGGUGUACUUCAAGGAUAUCUCUUUAAAUGUCCACAUGGAAAGAUAUAUUCAUGCAGUUCACGACGUUGCGAACGCAGUAAAUAUCACUCAGGAUGCAAAUGGAGAGAUAAUAAUAAAAAAGAUAAUGGACAAUCUGCAUUUUCCAAAGGAUUGUAUAUUAGCCAUCAAAAGAUGUUUUAUGUUCGUCCAAAACUACCUUAUCUGGAAAAAAAUUAA